GCCAUGCCAGCCCUCGGAAAUGGAAACCUCUCGGCAGAGCCCGCCUGGGAGUUUGUGCUGGAGGGCUUCCGGGGCGGAGUAGAGACCCAGGCCCUGCUCUUCACGGUCUUCCUGGCCCUGUACCUGGUGACCGUCCUGGGAAACCUCACCAUGAUCGUGGUCAUCACCCUGGAUGCCCGCCUGCACUCCCCCAUGUACUUCUUCCUCAAGAACCUGUCCUUCCUCGACCUCUGCUACUCCUCCGUCAUCGCCCCCAAUGCCCUCUCCAACUUCUUCUCCUCCUCCAAGCUCAUCAGCUUUGCCGGCUGUGCCACGCAGCUCUUCUUUUUCUCACUGCUGGCAACUACAGAGGCAUUUCUCUUGGCUGUGAUGGCCUAUGACCGCUUCGUGGCCAUCUGCAGCCCCCUGCAAUACCCUGUGGUCAUGGGCCCUGAGACCUGUGCCCGCCUGGUGCUGAGCACCUACUGCGGGGGCUGCCUCAACUCCAUUGUGCAGACCAGCCUCACCUUCCGGCUGCCCUUCUGCAGGUCCAACCGCAUCGACCACUUCUUCUGCGAUGUGCCGCCCCUGCUCCAGCUGGCCUGCGCCAACACGGCGCUCAACGAGCUGCUUCUGUUCGGCCUGUGCGGGUUCAUCAUCGUGAGCACGACCUUAGCUGUCCUGGUCUCCUAUGGCUACAUCGUGGGGACCAUCCUCAGGAUGCGCUCGGGGUCGGGGAGGCACAAGGUCUUCUCCACCUGUGGCUCCCACAUGACAGCUGUGUCCCUCUUUUAUGGGACUGUGUUUGUCAUGUACGCCCAGCCAGGAGCCGUGGCAUCCAUGGAGCAGGGCAAGGUGGUCUCCAUCUUCUACACCCUGGUCAUCCCCAUGCUCAACCCGCUCAUCUACAGUCUGCGGAACAAGGACGUGAAGGACGCCCUGCGGAGGCUGGGACAGAGACACACAGCCAAAUGAAGGAGGCUGG